AUGGCGACGUCUUCAUCCAUCUAUAUUGACGAGGACGUUGGCCGCGACGAUGACGCUGCCUUAGGCACAGAGUCCGCUCCAUACAAGACUCUCCUCCAUGCUAUGAUUAAACAUGCCCCAAGUGGUGGCAGCAUCUCAUAUCUGACCCGUAAAUCACAAACUGGGCCUGUCAGCGAAAAUGGUGAUCCUGCCGCCCGCCUGGAAUGGAAGUCAGCUACGAAAUCCGCCCUGAAGAAAGCCACCAAUCUCUACGAACAACAUGUUCGAAAACAGGCAAAGUCGGCAGAUCUGGUCAUGAGGGAAAAGCAGGAAGCUGAGAAGCGUCAACAAGUUCUUGAAGAGGCGAAGGCGGUCGUCAUCGAGGAGGACAAGUCAUUACCAAAACCAGUCAGAAUCAGACUUGACGAAACAGAUCCUUCUGUGGUUAGGCUAAGAGAAGGAGACGCUCCGGGUACACGAGUCCGGGUGCUGGGAAGAGUACAUCGGUUGCGCCAGCAGAAAGAUGUCAUAUUCUUAACACUCACAGACGGAUACGGUCAACUGCAAUGUGUUCUCACUGGUGAUCUCAUUCGAACAUAUGCCGCACUCACUCUGACCCUCGAAACCUCCCUCUCUAUCCAUGGCGAGAUGCGCGUUGUUCCUCCUCAGCAACGUGCGCCUCUUGACCGCGAGCUUCAUGCCGACUUCUUCAGCAUAAUUGGGGUUGCCGCUGGUGACAAGGAAGCCAUCACCACUCGUGUUCCAAAAGAUGCCGACCCACAGACGCUUUACGAUAACCGUCACCUGGUUCUGCGAGGCGAUACUGCUGCAUCUGUUCUCAAAGUACGGGCAGGCGCUUUGAGAGCGUUCCGACAGACAUUCCAGGAAGAACGUCUGCUUGAAGUCACUCCUCCUUGCAUGGUGCAGACACAAGUAGAAGGCGGCAGUACUCUUUUCAGCUUCGAUUACUACGGACAAACAGCAUACUUGACCCAGUCCUCCCAACUCUACCUCGAAACAUGUCUUCCUAGCCUUGGCGACGUCUUCUGUGUUGCCCCUUCAUUUCGGGCAGAGAAAUCCCUUACGCGUCGUCACCUCUCUGAAUACACUCACAUCGAAGGCGAACUCGACUUUAUCACGUUCGCUGACCUACUUGAGCAUCUUGAGAAAAUCAUAUGCCGUGUCAUUGAGCUUAUUUUGCAGGACCCUCAAAUGGCUGCCCUAGUGCGAGAGCUCAAUCCUGGCUUCAAGCCUCCGUCUCGACCUUUCCGGCGCAUGAAAUAUGCCGAUGCCAUUGAUUGGCUUGUGCAACAUAAUAUUCCUAAUGACGACGGUCAACCACAUUCAUUUGGUGAUGACAUUGCUGAGGCUGCAGAGCGAAAGAUGACUGACAUCCUCAACGUACCCAUCUUUUUGACACAUUUCCCUGUUGAGAUCAAGGCAUUCUACAUGAAGAAAGAUGAUUCAGAUCGACGAGUAACAGAAUCCGUGGAUGUUCUUAUGCCCGGAGUUGGUGAGAUCGUUGGUGGUAGUAUGCGCAUGGAGAACUACGACGAAUUGAUGGAAGCCUACAAGAGAGAGGGAAUUGGUAGUGAGCCAUACUACUGGUACACCGACCAGAGGAAAUACGGGACAAGCCCGCAUGGUGGUUAUGGCCUGGGGCUAGAAAGGUUUCUGGCAUGGAUGUGUGGCAGGUACACCGUCAGAGAGUGUUGUCUCUAUCCAAGAUUCACGGGCAGAUGCACGCCAUGA